UGGAGGCCGUGUCUGAAUUUGUACACAGCAACCAGAGAGAUAGUUCGAGCAGCUGUUACAACUGAUGCUGAUGGGCAUCAAGGAAAGGAUGUUAUCAAGGAGUGCGCUGGACAGAAAUUCCAAGUGUCCCGUCUCCUCCUUUAUCUAAACUCCGCCCUCGGCCCCGCCUCCGAUGUGCUGCUGGAACCGUACCUUCUCUGCUGGGAGGAGCUAAUCAAGUUUAUGGAGUCUCUUGGUCCUCUGGUAGGAUUUUUCACUCAUAAAGUUGAGGAGAAGAUCAUCCUUAUUCGACAGCUGUCGCAAGAAGAAUCUGAGAAACAUCUCAACAGAAGCGUUGCUCCUGAGCCCGCCCACAAUUAUAAACACUUAGCCCCGCCCACUUCGCCACACGCGUAUCACUCUGUACGCUCCAUGCUGGAGGCUGAACUGCAGAGGGGCGUGGUCUCCUUUGACACGGAGACGCCCUCCGGAAGUCGGACUUUGCUCCGCCUCCAUCGCUCAUUGCUCUGGUUACAGCUGUUGCUGGAGAAGCUGGGGGCGGAGCCUGAGGAGCGAAGCAUGGGCGAACUGUGCCGCGACGCUUAUACGGAGGUUUUAGCGCCACAUCACCCCUGGCUGGUGCAGCGCGCAGCGGAACUGGUGUUCAGAGCGAUGCCCGACCGCAGCGUGUUCCUGCAGCUGGUGUGCGUACAGACGCAAGAGGAGGCGGAGCCUGUGAUACACGUCAUUGUCGCAGCCAUUCAAGAAAUUCAUGACAGAACGCAGAAAGAGCUACAGCUCAGAAACAUGCUGGACCUGCCUUAAAGGAACCGUUCACUUCUGUCAUCACUUACACUUUUGCAGAGGACAGUAAUGCCGUAUGUGCACACCAGAUGUCGCUGUUUCACUAAAUUCAAGUCUGUGUUCUUUUUUAAAUUAUUUAUGAGUUGUUUACAUAUUUUGUAGCUCCAUUAUUGUAUAUUACAAGGUUAAAACUCCCAAAUAAAUCAU